CUAGAUUUACACCCAUGCACGCGGGCCAUCCAUCAAAGGGCGAAUUAUUGAGGCUUUCGACGCUCCGCACCUCCGCCCUUCUCAUUUGUAAAUCCAUGACCGGAGGAGUUGCUGGCCCUUCAAAGGCCAGCAAUGCGCGGCCACUUGAGCGCCGCCGAGGUAAGACUCCUCCCUCUGCGCCGCCAAGCUUCUUCUAUUGCCCGCUCACAAUGGCACUUCUACUCCUCCGCAUCCACCAUCAUCGGCGGCUCCGACGAUCACCAACAGGAUCCACCAUGGGCCGCUUCCAACCACCUCUUUCAUAAACAUCCCCGUCUCUUCUCCCUUGAACGCUGCAACUCUCUCCAUUGCCUCAACCCUAUCCUCGCUUACACCAUUGUCUCCGGGCUCUUUCGCAACGCCUUCGUCGCCAGCCGCAUCCUCCAUUCCACCAUCACCAUACCUCCCCGAAACCCCUCCAUUGCCUUCUCUAUCUUCUCCCAAAUAUCCCGACCUAAUGUUUUCUCCUGGAAUGCCAUGAUCAAAGCCCUCGCAUCCACCUCGGCCUCCUCGCACGGCGCUAUUUCUCUGUUUGUCGAAAUGCGCCGAAAAGGCGUAUCCCCAGAUAAGUACACCCUGCCGUUCCUUCUCAUGUCAUUUACUUCAAUCGAAGAUCUUAAUAAGGGUAGGUUGAUCCAUGCCUCUUCCUUCGUGUUUGGAUACGAAUCCAACCUUUUUGCGCAAACACGGAUAUUAUCUAUGUACAUGGAUUGUGGGGAUCCAGUGAACGCCCAACAGUUGUUCGACGAGAUGCCGAGCAGAGAUGUCGUCACCUGGACUUCGGUGAUCUCAAAUCUGAGCCGGCAAGGCUGCCAUGAACAAGCGCUUGCUGUUUUUAAUAAGAUGAGGGAUGAUGAUUCAGUCAUUAGACCUAACACCGCAACCAUGGUCUCAGCCAUGUCCGCUUGCUCAAGCUUGGGUUCCUUGAAUCACACCAAAAACCUCCAUGCCUGCCUUGUGAAAACAGGAUUCGAAGACCAUGUAUUUUCUAAGAAUUCGCUGAUAGAUGCUUACGCCAAGAGUGGUAGCAUUGCCUGCGCUCACCAAGUGUUCGAUAGAAUAACGGAGAGAGACCUCCAGUCCUGGACUACGAUGAUAAUGGGCUUGGCCUUGAACGGGCACGGCCAAGAUGCCAUUUUUCUCUUCUCCCAGAUGCUGAGAGAUGGUUUGCUACCAGACUCGACCACUUUUAUCGCAGUUCUCUCUGCAUGCAGCCAUGCAGGCUUGGUAAAUGAAGGGAUUGAGAUAUUCGAAUCCAUGGAAGGGGAUUUCGGAAUUAGUCCAGAGCUCAUGCAUUAUGGUUGUAUGGUUGAUCUUUUCGCUAGAGCCGGGCAUCUAUAUCGUUCAUAUGAGUUCAUCUCAAGCAUGCCAAUGGAGCCCAACUUGGAGAUAUGGGGUUCUUUGUUGAGUGCUUGUAGCGUUCAUGGAGAUUUGGAAUUAGGUGAGCUUAUUUCUAGGAGAAUCGAUUCAUCAACACGUCAAUGUAGAGGAGGAGCUAGCGUGAUUCUGUCAAAUUUGUAUGCGAACAGUGGGCAAUGGCAGGACGUCAUGGUGAUUAGGAGGGGGAGGAGAGGGGACGGUGGUAAGCCUCCUGGUCGGAGCUGGAUUGAUGUUAGAGGUGUUGUGCAAGAGUUUGUGGUAGGAGAUAGGCUGCACCCACUAGCUAAGAAGAUUGAGUGGGUAUUGAAUGGGUUGGCUAAAGCGAUGGAAGGAGUUUUGUAAGAAAAUGUAGAAAAAAAAAAACGUUACAUUGAGUUCA